ACACAGCGACACACGCACUGGGGCGGGGGGAAGGAGAGAGGCAAGUUUUGCUUCACCUGUCGCGGGGGACAAUGUCAGGGCAGACGCCUGCCCUGGGAUCCGGCGGCUGAGAGGCGGCAGAGAUCCGUGCUCUUUCCCCGCAGCCCCUCAGCCAGCCGCCCCCGCCUCAGGGAGACUUCCCCCGGCUGAGGAGGCGAGAGCUGGCCUGAGGCUCCUCGCUUGGGACGCUGCCGGCCUCCUCCUACGUCCCCGGGCCGGAGCGUGCUAACAGGGCUCGUCGUCAAAGGGAAAGCGGUUGGAGACACCCCCAGGGAAGCAAUCCAGGUAACCUCUCCGGAGAUAUUAUUCGCUUCCCAGCAGGAGGAAUUGGCAGCUGAAAGAUAAUUCAACCCUUUUCCCGACUCCUGGCACAAUGGGGAAGCCAGCUCUGGGCCGGCAGCAGUGAGGUGAGCACUCCUGCUGUGCUUCCUGGGCUUCAGGGUCUCAUAAAGUAACAUUUUAUCACAGAACACAAAGCAGCAGCUCAUUACCAAGUUUCUUUCUAAGUUCUGUCCUUCAGCUUCUUCUCAAGUAUGAAGUGACUGCCUGUGGCUUUCUGCCUUAGGGACCAAGAGAGAAUGCUCCAAUGGGCAGGUUCCAGAAAUUCAUUUUACUUCCUCUCUUCUUUACUGCCUUGCUACCAGGUCUGGGCUUUUGUUACUCUAUUAUACAGGGCCCUACUAAUGCAACAGUCCUUGCUGGUUCAGAAGCUCGGUUUAGUUGCACUGUGUCAUUAGACUGGGUAAUUCUCAUUUGGCUGUCCAAUGGGAGUCCUGUCCUCACUGUCACCAGUGCUCAAGGAGCUAUUGGAUCAUCAGACCGCUUUACCUCUCAAAAUUAUACCAGUAGCAAUGGGGUUACCUUGGAGUUGAUCAUCCACAACGCCCAGCUGAGUGACUCUGGAAAAAUUGAAUGUAGUAUCCAGCAAUUUGGUGAGAGCAGAUUUGCAUUUCUUUCUGUUCAAGUUAAUGGAUCUUUAUUCAUCAAAAAUAGCACCUUAACAGUAAAAGAGAACCAAACAGUUGAAAUUGUUUGUGAAGCCUUAGGAUGGGCUCCAGUUCCAGACAUUACCUGGAUGACAAAUGACUCUUUCAUUGAUAAGUCAAGCUAUGUUACUCAGGAAAGUCAAGGAUCUAAUGGCCUCCACAAUGCUCUGAGCAUCCUAACUUUGACUCCGACGGACACUGAGAUUUUGACUUGUUUAGCUGACAUAGAAGCACUCCCUAACCCUCAGAAUGCAACUGUAGCUGUUAUUUUUGACAGCUCUGCUAUAGAAAAUGCUUACAGUGAAGACAACAAAAACACAUGGGUGGUUGUGGUUGCAGUUGUGCUUUCAUUUCUUGGUGUCGUUCUUCUGAUAGUUAUCAUUGCAGUCAUCGUACGCUACUGCUGUCUAAAGAAGAAAGGAUCUGCUUAUCAAGAUGAAAUAAGAAAAGUUUCAGCUGAGAAGAAAAAAGCUGGUGAUUUGGAAAACAGGCAAAGGCAUGGUAGUGAAAAUCAGGGAUACAUCCCAGAGGAACGGUGGAACACAGAACAAACCCCAGGAAUCGCCUCUCUUCCCCCAAUGUCUUCAAAGUUCACUGUUCCUGCUGCAAAUUUAUAUGCCAGUUCUGUACCAAAGGUGCGACCUCAAAGACGUACUGAGUACCUGCUCAGCCCAAAGAAGAUUAGAAACGUGACACUUGUUUAGGAUGAGCUUCUCCAGGAAAUUUCUCUAUCAGUUGCACUUUAUGCUUUUGGAUGGCUUCCCGCAACAGAGAAAGGUUAACUCUGGCUCUCACACGUUAAGCUACAAGUUAUUCUUCUUUUUUUCUCCUCAUGUAAUGAAAUAAAAUUGCAACCUUUAUAAUGUGACAUAUGAUAUCUCAGCGAAAUAAUGGACAUAAAUUACAGCCUUAACUUCAGAGACAAUUAAUUUUAUGGGACUCUGCAAGAACAAGAAUCCGUGCUUUGGGUGCCAAGGAAAUCGGAAAAACUUCUAUGUUAGGUUAUCCACUGCAAGAUCAAGGAUUGGAACUGCAAGAGUUUUAUUGGUUCAGAAGAACUCAUCAAUAAUAAUACUGCUUAAUACAAUAGCUAUUACUUUGAAUGUACUUUAUGUACUGCAGAGGAUCAUUUGGAGCUUAUAGAUCAACACAGUUUUCCCAUUUCUGUUCUGUAAUAAAAUGAAGGGAAGUUUUCCUGAAGGGCUGUUAAAAAAUUUCUAACAAAACUGUGUUUGCACCAGAAAUGAAUUUGUUUCAGUGUAUUAUUAAAUAUGUGUAAAAAAUAUUUGUCUUGAAUCAAGUUUUAAAUAAAAGCCAGUCA